AUGCCCAUCGAGCGUGCAACAUACCGCACCCCUCAUUUCUACACCCUUCGCGAAGGCGAUUCUAUCGAUCAUAGGUAUACGCCUCUGAAUACCAGCGCAGAGCGGACUUGGGGAGGUUUCAGACGCCGUCAGGAACGGGGAUGGACGAUGCGGGCUGCAGAGCAGGGGCUCCCGCUUUCCGGCAUUCCGAAGUUUAAGGGAGUCGAGAUCACCACCGGCGCCAGGUGUAAACGCUUGGCGUGGCUGCCACCCAUGCUGCUGAUUCGUGACAGUGCUGACCCAUCACGCGACCCGACCACAGCCGAACUUCAUCCCGAUGCUGUGAGAUUCCAUGGAGUUCUGGAGCCUCCUGCCUCCUCACCUCCCAAGGUCCGCCUCAAAAGGAGCUCGAGUGACGAUGCCAUGAACCAUGCCGCCACAAGACACGAUGGCGACGCAAACGAUGCGCUCUCUUCCCCCCGGCGUGCUCUUCAUGGACAAUCCCAGGAAGGCCAAGAAUCGCCUGGCACAGAGGCGGCUGCGAGAGCACAAGAGAAGAGAGAAGCCAGCCGCCGCAUCGAGGAGCUUUCCGAUACGGAAUUCGAUGCUUGGACGACACCGUAUUCAUCGCAUCGCGUUGAUUCUUCGGACCAUUUCCUCCAGCAACCCGUGUAUGAGAUCCACCAGACCGGGGCAGAUGUCACCCCAGGCAUCACAUGCGAUGUCUUUGACAAUGCACCCAACCCGCUGAACGGCGUCGAAGCCAACCCCACAGAGCCCUACGAUUAUGCCUUUGAGACAGAGAUCCCGUCAUGGGAGGCACAGCUAUUUGAGGAACUCGUCGAGUCGGGCGUUCUCGACAAUGCCGCAGCCACAGGGACUGCUCCAGCCACGUUGAACGCCACAACCUCCUCCCCGCCGCCCACGAGCGACCUAUGUUCAGCAAGUAAUCCUGCCGACGCAACUCAACCCUCCGCCAGGUCAAAAACCAGAUUCUCUCAAAGCCAAGAAGCUCUCCAGGCCUUCCGAGCCAAACUUCUAUCCAUCUGGACCGAACAGACCGGCUGCACAACCCUAACGAAGCACGACAAGCCUCAACCACUCUUGCACGCCGCCGCUCGUCUGGGCAACUGCGAGAUGAUGCAGAUGCUGCUGGACCACGGCGCCGACAUCAACGCCCGCGACAUUGAAGGCCGCACGCCUCUACUUGCUGCCGUCGAAGCCUACAAGGGAGACGCCAUCAUCUUCCUGCUCGAGGCCGGUGUUGAUGUCAACGCCCAUGACGAGCAGGGACGGACCGCCCUAUCGAUGGCUGUCGAGUGCGACUGUGAAAAAGCCGUCGAACUGUUUCUCCGUCACGGAGCUGACCCCAACUUGGCAGGCUCAGACCUUCUACGAUCGACGCAUGCUGGUUUCACGAAAGGACAGCGAGUCAUUGAGGAGUGAGCAAAGCCUUUGUCAUUGAUCAUGAUAUACGAAACUAC